AUGGCAGAGCUCAAGUCCAGCCGGAAGGAUUUGGAGUCUCAGAGACCUUUAUCUCAGCUCAGUACCCCGCGUGACUCAGAUACAGAGCCAGCAGACAAAGAGCCGAAAGAGUCGCCCCCUCCAGGUGGCUUUGCGCUUCCGUUAUGGCGCAAAAGCUUGAUUCUAUUCGUUGUUAGUUGGAUGACGCUCUCUGUGACAUUCUCCAGUACCUCUCUACUCCCUGCCGUUCCCGAGAUUGGAGCAGAGUUUCAUACUAGUGAUGAACAUCUCAAUGUGGUUAAUUCAGGUGUUCUGAUUGCCAUGGGCUUCUCGUUCAUUGCCAUGCGAAUCUUGAGUGGUUUCUGUGGAACUUUCUUCAUGGUAGCUGGCCAAACAAUCAUUGCUGAUAUCUUCGAGCCGGUGGUUCGCGGAACAGCAACAGGCGUGAUGAUGGUAGGAUCUGUGAGUGGACCAGCGAUCGGACCAUGUAUCGGUGGAAUCAUCGUCACUUUCACCCAUUGGCGUAUCAUCUAUUGGCUCCAAUUCGCCAUGACCGUACUUGGACUCAUUCUGUCUCUUCUCUUCCUCCCGGACUUGGAAGUAAAGAAGACAGUCAAGGAACCUCAGACAGUGAAAUACGUGCUCAGCAUGUUCAACCCUUGGCAUAUCCUCCGCCCAUUGCUCUAUCCGAAUAUCUUCCUUUCAUCUCUCCUGCGGUCUACUAGCAACAUUCCAGUACGCCAUCCUCACCUCUGCUCGCCCAGUAUUCAACCCUCGCUUCCACCUUACCACGCCCCUAGUGAGCGGCCUUUUCUACCUCUCCCCGGAAUCGGCUUCCUAAUCGGAAGUAUUGUAGGCGGCAAACUCUCCGAUCGAGCUGUGGUCAAGUGGAUUCGUAAGCGGAAUGGCGUUCGCCUGCCACAAGACCGACUCAAUAGUGGCCUUAUCACUCUCCUGCUCGUUCUACCCGGCGGAACCCUGGUCUACGGCUGGACUCUACAGGAGAAAGUCGGUGGCAUGCCUGUCCCCAUUAUCGCCGCCUUCUUCGCUGGCGUGGGUUUGUUGGGCUCGUUCAAUGGCCUGAACACGUAUGCUUCAGAGGUCAUACCUCAAUUUCGCUCAGAGGUAGUCGGUGGCAAAUAUGCCGUUCAGCUUCUUUUUGCGGCGGGCUCGACGGCGGCUGUUGAGCCUUUGAUUAAAGUUAUCGGCGUAGGCUGGACCUUUACAAUUUGUGCCGUUUUUGCUAUCAUAAGUGGAUUUAAUGUGUUCAUAAUCACGCGAUGGGGCAUUGAUAUGCAGCGAUGGGCGGAGAGAAAAUUUCCCCUUAGCGGCACAAAAUGA